GGCUUUGGACGUUCAGUGUUGUGAAUGUGUACAAACAACAGAUGACUUGAUAGAGAUGGGUAAUAAGCAGACCAUAUUUACCGACGAGCAACUGGAUGCCUACCAGGAUUGCACGUUUUUUACUCGCAAAGAAAUCCUGCGGUUGCACGGCAGAUACCAUGAGUUGGCUCCUCAUCUUGUACCGAUGGACUACACCAAAGAACCUGAUUGUAAAGUGCCUUUAGCCUUGAUAGUCAACAUGCCAGAGUUAAAGGAAAACCCAUUCCGCAACAGGAUAGUAGAGUCUUUCUCAGAGGAUGGGAUGGGGAAUCUCAGCUUCAAUGAAUUUGUGGAUAUGUUCUCAGUCCUCAGUGAAACAGCUCCUAGGGAACUGAAGGCCAUAUAUGCCUUCAAAAUAUACGAUUUCAAUGUGGAUAACUACCUGUGCAAAGAGGACCUGGAAAAGACUCUGAAUAAGCUGACAAAGGAGGAGUUGACUCCUGAGGAGGUGGUGCUGGUGUGUGAGAAAACCAUCGAGGAGGCUGAUUUGGAUGGAGACAACAAACUCUCCUUUGCUGAUUUUGAAAAUAUGAUAUUGAGGGCUCCUGACUUUUUAAGUACUUUCCAUAUAAGAAUCUGAGAGGGCUUCGUGGUUGACAGCAUGGUGGACCUCAGCACAGUGACUGUC